AUGGAUGCAUACAUCAUUAGGUUUAAUCAGAACCUUGAUUUCUAUGUUCCAUUCGAUGAGCCUCUAACUGCAGGCGAAGUAAAGCAAGAAAUGUUUCUACAGCUUGAGGAAUCAACAAGUUCAAUGUUUUUAAUCUACAAUGGAGAGAUCCUCAAAGAUGAAUCUAAGUUAGAGACUCUUGGGAUCAAAAAGGUUCCAUCCUCCACUUGUACAUUCCAAAGUAUGACAACAUUUUCGUCCAAUCUCCAAAGCGCAUGA